GCGCAGGCGACAGCAGCGUAAAGUGUCCGAGGCGCGCGUGCGGAGCGGAUGAAUCUCUCCACUUUGGGUUUUUUUCCCCGCAAACCUCCGAAUUGAGUUCAUCCUACAUUAUUUUUGGGGAGUGUUUGUGUGGUGGUGGUGGGUGUAGGGGAAGUGGGCGGAGGAGGGAUCUGAGUGCACCUGCCUCGGUACAUCCGUCUCCUCGGUGCCGGAUCGGGAGUCGGACUCAUCCAGCUGCGCAGGAGCGCCGCGCUGCGAAGAACGCGCCAUGGGACACGCGAGAAUCACCGCCGCUCUGCGCGUGCACACCUGAGGGGGUCUGCGGAUUAACACCACGUUUGUUUUUGUUGUUGUAGUUGUUUUUAAAGAAAAAGGAAGAGGACUCUUUGAUUCACUCGCUUUAAGGAGAGAAUCUAAAGCCUCGGCCAAAGGACUUUUAUAUCACUCCACUUGUGACGGUGUGAGGGGUUUUUUUGGAGUGGAGAGCUGCCAGGAUGGUGUCCUCCGGCCGCGUCGGGUGGUUCGUGGUCGUCUUGUGUUGCUCAUCACUCACAAACGGACAUUUGGGGACAGAGCCCUUGCCCGAGAUUCUGCCCCGUAACAAUCCCCUCAUUCGACCUCAGGGCGAUUCGUUGAGCCUCGUGUGCAGAGGUCACAGCCCGCUGACCUGGACCCUCGGUGAUCCCGGUCGAUCGAUCCCAUCAGAGGGCGUGAAGGUGGAGCAGUGCGAUUCCAGACAUCGCUCUUCUUCACACUGCAGCAAACUCACGGUCACAGGCUUAAGUGCCAAUGACACGGGCAGCUACAGAUGUCAACAUACCAAGAACCAACACGCCACCUCCAUCUACGUUUUUGUCCCAGAUCCCGAGCAACCGUUUGUGGUGCCCCAUCCAAAGACAUUUGAAGUGUUUUACGUCUUCAGGGAUGAGAGCACCAUGGUGGUUCCUUGCCGGACGUCUUCUCCCGACACUGUGGUUAAACUCGUAGCGCACAAACUUUCAACAGAGAUGGUCAUCCCGGAAACGGUCUGGGAUCCGAAGGUUGGAUUCACGAUCCCCAACGAGCCCAGCACACAGUACGACAGGCUCACCUGUAAAACCACGGUCAACGGCCGUGAGUUCAAGUCGAUGUACAUGUAUCAUAAAAUGAGUCGCGUUCUUAACAAUGUGGAGAUCACCCCGGAUCGUGUCAGGUUGGUGGUCGGAGACACCCUCAUUCUCAACUGUAGUGGCGAGACCGGCCCCGGUUCAAUAAUCUACUUCGAGUGGGAUUUUCCAAAGAAGAGCGAAAAUAAACACUAUACGAAAAAGACGCCAAUCCCCCGCAGUCCGGUUGUUCGGAUGAGCAAUACUUUGAUUCUGCCGAACGUUUCCAUGGAAGGCAAGGGAGUGUACCACUGCAGAGCUGCAAUCGAACUGGCAAACUUCAAGCAUGCCUCAGCAAAAGUCUCUGUUUUCGAGCAUCCGUUCCUCAAUGUCUCCUAUAAGCGCGAUCGGCCUGAGGUUAUCGUUAAAGAAGGCAGAAAGAAGCUUGUUUUUGACCCCAAGGUCAACGCUGUGCCAUUACCAAACAUUGUUGCAUGGUAUAAGGACGGGGUCCCUAUCUACAAGAAUUCCACCUGCUACAAUAUGUCUGGCUACAGCUUGAUCCUCACCAACGUGCAGCAGAAUCACGCUGGGACCUUCACCAUAAGCCUGGGCAACCAAGCCAGGGGCUUGUACAGGAAUCUCAGCUACACGCUGGUCGUCCAGGUGAAGCCAACUAUUUCGGAGGCGGAGCUUGCUACUGUGGAUGUGCAGCCGUGCACGUUGGGCAAACCGCAUCAGCUAACCUGCACUGCUUAUGGGAUACCUUGGCCAAACAUCACUUGGUUCUGGCAACCGUGUCACUCGGACCCUACGCUUACAAAUUGCGUUGCUAACACCAAGCCACUUCCCGUCCACAUUGGUGAAAGGAGAAAGGACUCUCACAACUGGAUUAAGAGCAUAAACGUCAAGUCUGAGUUGGUUCAAGGCAAAAACAAGACUGUGAGCACCCUGGUGAUAGGAGCGGCGAUCACGUCAGGAAAUUACUCGUGUGUGGCCCAGAAUGAAGUCGGCAACAGCACAAUGACGAUCCCCUUCUACGUUGAUGAUCACCCUGAGCAAAUGACCAUCACACCUCGGGCGGCCAUCGAGGGGGACGACGUCACUCUGACCUGUCGGGCGGCUCGCUACGUGUACACUCACCUGCGGUGGUUGGAUUCGAGGAAUCAAACGGUCGCUGCCAACGUGUCCCGUCUCCAGAUCGCCGGCUACUCCAUUUCUCUUUCUCUCCUUCUGCGUAACGUGUCCCGAAUCAGCACCGCGGGUUACAAGUGCCAAGCGUACAAGCCCGACAAGAGGGUGGAACUCAAGACUGCUGCACUUUUUGUGGAUGUGAGGACAAGUCCCUGGCUGAGUCGGAAUCUGACCGACCAAGAUGUGAACAGCAGCAGCACCCUGAUGCUGGCCUGCUUUGCUCUGGGAGUUCCUCGUCCGUACAUCGUGUGGUACAAAAAUGGUGUUGAGGUGGAGGAAGGACCAGGUAUCAUCCUGAAAGAGGACGGGGUUCUGACCAUCGAGAGGGUGAAGAAAGACGACGAAGGCGUCUACGAGUGUGUGGCCAGCAACGGCGAGGGUAUCGCAAAAUCCAGCGCCGUCGUCACUGUGUUCGGGGAUGAAGGGAAGCCGAGCGUUGAGGUCAUCAUCUUGGUGUGUACGGGAGCUGCAGCCACGUUGCUCUGGCUCAUGCUGAUCCUCUUCAUCCGCAAGCUGAGGAAGCAACCGGGACAUUAUAAGAUGGGCCCGUCUAUCAUCAUUGACCCUGACGAGUGUCCCCUCGAGGAGCAGAAUGAUCUUCUUCAGUACGACAGCAGUAAAUGGGAGUUUCCUCGUGACCGACUGCGACUCGGCAAAACCCUCGGCCAUGGAGCGUUUGGAAAAGUGGUGGAGGCUUCUGCCUUCGGGAUCGACAAGCUCUCGACCUGCAAGACUGUUGCUGUCAAAAUGUUGAAAGGAGGCGCCACGUCCAACGAGAGGAAAGCUCUGAUGUCAGAAUUGAAGAUUCUGAUCCACAUCGGCCAUCACCUGAACGUGGUCAACCUGCUGGGAGCCUGCACGAAGCCCGGAGGCCCGCUGAUGAUGAUAGUGGAGUUCUGCAAAUACGGCAACUUGUCCAACUACCUGCGAGGCAAGAGAGACGACUUUCUCGUCUACAAGAGCCAGGACGACAAGGUGGUGUCGUCGGGGUCGCGCUGCGAGCUCAGCGAGCUGAUGAAGCGCCGCCUGGAGAGCGUGGCCAGCAACGGGAGCUCGGCCAGCUCCGGCUUCGUCGAAGACAAGAGCUACUGCGACUCGGAGGAAGAGGAAGAAGAGUCUGAGGAUUUGUAUAAGAGAGUCCUGACGUUGGAAGAUCUGAUUUGCUACAGUUUCCAAGUUGCAAAAGGCAUGGAGUUCUUGGCUUCACGCAAGUGCAUCCAUCGGGAUUUGGCUGCACGAAACAUCCUGCUGUUUGAGAAUAACGUGGUGAAGAUUUGUGAUUUCGGACUUGCCAGAGACAUCUACAAAGACCCGGAUUAUGUGCGCAAAGGAGAUGCCAGACUGCCGCUCAAGUGGAUGGCACCUGAGGCCAUUUUUGACAAGAUCUACACGACUCAGAGUGACGUCUGGUCCUUUGGUGUUCUCAUAUGGGAGAUCUUCUCUUUGGGGGCCUCCCCGUACCCCGGCGUCCAAAUCGACGAAGAAUUUUGCUGCCGGCUGAAAGAAGGGACCAGGAUGAGAGCCCCAGAAUACUCUUCCUCUGAAAUAUAUCAGACCAUGUUGGACUGCUGGCAGGGGGAGCCACAGGAGCGACCCACCUUCACUGAGCUGGUGGAACAGCUGGGAGAUCUGCUUCAGGCCAGCGUGCAACAGGAGGGGAAGCACUACAUACCCAUCAACACUGCCCUGAUGUCGACGCUGGGAGACCCGUCCGCCGCGCCGCCCUCCGAGGAGACUCCCACAAGACCCGCCUCCCAACGCGACUCGGGGAACGGAUGGAACAUCAAGAUCCGACCCGCUAGCGUGAAAACCUUUGACGAGGUUACCAUGGAGGACGGGAGAAAUGGGAGCCACGAGGGCGGUCAGUCGGACAGCGGGAUGGGCCUGUCGUCUGACAACAUGGACACUCUGAAGCGCCUUGAAUCACUGGCGAGUCGACCGCUGAGCAUCAUGGCCCUGGCGAUGAAGGCGAUGAGUAAGAGCAAAGAGUCGGUGCUGAGUGACGCCGACAAGGAGAAGUUCCAAACCCCGGUUCCCUCUCUGGACUUCCUCCUGGACGACUCGGCCUUGGACGCCGGUCUGGAGUGUCACAGCCCGCCGCCGGACUACAACUACGUGGUGCGCUACUCCACGCCACCCGUGUAAAGCUCCGCCCCCCCCACCACCCGAGCGACGGCCUGCAGGCCUUCCGCUUUGCCCCGCUCUGUUUGUUCGCUCUCAUCUCUGGACUGGAGCGAAGUUUAAAGAGGAAAACACGUGAAAUUCCACCUGUUAAAGUGUUUUAGACGGAACGCUGUGAAAGGAAAAACGCCCGAUCCACCCGACUUCAACCUCCAACUUCCGGGGGGGCAAAAAGGAAAACGUGUAGACUGUCGAUUUCGCUCCGGUUUUCAGGAGCGUGCUGCCGUUAACGCUGCUGGUCCGUUUCCACGUUCACUGUGAUAUGUCAAACAGCUGGAGACAGCCUCAGGUAUUACUGUCAUCUACUGUGAAAGGAGCCGCUUUGCUACACAGCUGUUCUCACUGCAGCCUUUGAUGACGGAGAAUAACCACCGGAAACGGGACAAUCUGAAUAAAUAGCUCAGGCUUUUCAAGUUUAUGUUGAAAAACUCAUUUUAAGAUUUUAUUCCAAAAGUAAAAACCAAAGUAAUACGUGAAAAAAAAGAAAAAAAACUAGAGGAAAUAUUUUUGUUAUGUAGCUACAUCCACUUAUAGAUCCGCUAAAAGCAGAUAAACAACAAUAUAACUGAUUAUUAAUCGUGAAAAAGUACCGUAUUUACGGUGUAAUUACUCCUUCAUAGAAAUAUCCACCCACCCAACUCAGGUUGACCCAGAGGGACUCCGUCCCGUAGAAUCACAGGUUAAUGGGGAUUAAUGGAGCACAGAUGGAACGUUACAGAUCCUCCUUGCUUUAAAUGAAUGUGGAUUCCUCCUCCUGCGCCCAUCGAAGAAACUCCAGCGCUGUGUCGUUUCUGUUCAGUCAAACUGAAAAAACUAACAAGAAGAAGAUCAGAUUGUGUAUGGGUAUUUAUUCAGAUUGUGAACACUGCCACUUGGUAAUCCAGUUGUAUUUAUUCCUUUAGAUUUCUAGAUAAAAGUCAACCGACUGAUUUUCCAGCUCAGUCUUCAUCACUUCAACAUUUAAUAUCCCAACUCUUCCCUCCAGCUGUGUAUAUGUUUGUGCUGCUGUAUUCACUUUGAGUAAAAGCAACUAAAACCCUCUACGUGUGUGAAGUGAGCACACGUUGUGCGUCCUAACCGGUUGCAGCAUCACAAGUGCUGUGGACCAAACGCACACCUGCAGCACUGCAGCUCAUCGACCACUAAGGAGAACCGUGUUCUGUAAACCGCAAACUAUGACGUCGACAUUUUGAACCCUUGUGUAUCUUCAUGUAUUGUGUUAAUGUGGAGAGGAAGAAGUGAUUAUGCACUGAUGCUUUAUAUCAAGUAUAAUGUUUGUAUUCUACAGGUAUGUUAUUAUGAAACAGUGUUGAGGAUCAUAUCUUACCAAGAUUUUCCUUUUUUGUUUUUAUUUAACUCUUAACUUUAGUGCCUAGUAAUUAACAUUUGCAAUAUUUGCUUUAUUAUGUAUUUCCGUCAAGCUUGGUUCCUUUAUUUUAGUUACUGCCAUCACAUAACAUUCAGUGGGUUUUAUUGUAUUCUUUCAUACAUAACCAUGAGUAAUACAACUUAGUUUUGAUGAAAGUAUUGUUAACACUGUUAACUGAGCAUAUGAAGUAAAUAAUUGAAUAAAGAUUUAUAUAUUUAUACUUUA